GAAAUGUUACCAAUUUUGAUGUAUAAUAACAUGGAAGGGGGUUCUAAUAGUUUAAAUAACACGCCUAAUUCUAGUUUUAGUCAGUACGAUGAUAAUAUAAUACUAAAUUGUGUGAGAAAUCGUAAAAAAGUGACAGAAUUACCGAGUUGCCCGGUAUGUAGUUGCACGAUAAGACAGGGGGAAUUAGACUCUCAUUUAGCUCUGGAAGUGGAAAGACUGCAGAAGUUAUCUAGUUGUGGGUCGAAAAGGAAGCUUAGUGUGAACUCUAGUGCAAAUUUAGCGGUUCCUGGUUCUAGUACGAGUGUGGAAGUAGCUGAGGAAGAAGUAGAAGUGGAUGUAUCUGGCUGUCUAGGAAGUGAUGUAUACCAGCGAGUACACUCGAACAGACUCCGGCGUCUCCGCGCCCGUCGCCGCAGCUCUCCCACCCCUCAGAGCGGGGAGUGUCCCGUCUGCAAUGCUCGUCUACCCGUGUGCAGACUGCAGAGGCACGCACUGCGGUGCUUGAAGAGAACUGGUGCUGCGUUGGACGAGGAUGUUCCUGACACCAGCUCGGAAGACGAGAGCAUUGAUGUCGAGAAUGACGAGCCUACAGGCGGCGCUUUCGGCGCAGAAUACCAGUGGUGCGGCGAGUGGCGAGUGCGAGCGACUGCCCUGCAGGACUCCGAAGCCAGGGCUGCGACUACAGUGCGCAGGGCUUCUAACGACCAGGCACUGGUAGUUGAUGGUGAUGAAGACACAGAGUUAUACGGCCCCCCUCAAUAUUCUCCAUCAAGGAUAGCACCAGAUGCAGACCUAACCCCUGUAACAGUAGAGACGGCAGAAGAACCCAUAGACACACAAAAUGAGGAGGAGAACAAAACACCCGAGCCUGCUAGCAAGUGUAACGGCUUAGUAGAAGCUAGUGCUGAAACUAGAAUUCAAGCGUUAAAAGCAAGAAUUAAAGACUUGGAAAGAAAGGCAAAUGGUGCUGGAGAGAUGAAAUGUCUGAUAUGCUUAGAACAGUACACCUCACCGACCGUCUCCAUACAGUGCUGGCAUGUUUACUGUGAAGUAUGCUGGCUCCAAUCUCUAAGAGCAAAAAAAAUCUGCCCGCAGUGCAAUGCUAUCACAACAGCCCAGCACUUACGAAGAAUUUAUAUGUGAACAAAUAAACUAUAGGUAGAGCUUACUACAAGUGUAUACAGAGUAUUGGGGUUAUUAACACCCCCUUGAAAAUGGGGUUAUAAAAUACCCAAAAGAAAAUUGGGGUGCGAAAUACCCUCUGUAAAUGUUGGGGUAAAAAUAUCCCCAACUGUUUUGGGGUGACAAUAUAUCCCGUGAAUUUUGGGGUAACAAAACAUCCCCAUUAAUAUUAGGGUGAUAAAAUACAUAUUGUAUGUUGGGGUUGUGGAAUACCCCAAAAAAGUGGGGUACCAAAACACCCGUUGGACAAAAUGCCAUAAUACUACGAAGUGGUGAAAUGGAGUUUUGGGGGACAGUCCUUUUUUUACUUUUAUUUCAAAGUUCAAGUUGGGUACCAAUAAAACCUAUGUAUGUUGGGGUAAAAAUUACCCCAUGCAUUUUAAGGUUAUCAAAUCCCAAUCUGUAUUGAGAAUUUGUAAUUAUAUUGGAAGUUGCGAAGGACCCCAGAAAUUUUGGGGUAAAAAUACCCCAUCUAUGUUGGGGAUUUUAUAACACCCUACAUAAAUUUGGGUAAAAUACCCCAAAUGGAAUAGGUGUUAAAGCAGUUUUGACUGGUUGUAAGAAUAUAAACGUUCUGCAAGGAUUUAGGUAGGAUAGAAGAUUUGCUCAAAUAAUUUGAGUCAAGAAAGAAUAAGUCUGAUUAUAAAAUUCAUUUUUCUUAAUAACUGAUUUGUAUAUUAUUGAGAAUUUGCGUGUAAUGGAACGGUGUUUUUAAGUCAACGCUUCGACUUUUGACCCCAAAUUUUGGGGUAACCCCGAAUUUCGGGGUUUAAUUUACCCCAAAUUUUGGGGUCUAAUUGACCCCAUAUCUUUAGGAAGUGGUGGAUUUUCAGACACAUAAAAAAAACAACACAUUUACAACUUUAUUUAAUAUUUAAAUAACAUAUAUUUGUUAAUACAUACAUACUUUUGAGUUGCACUAUUUAACUAUAACAAUUACCAAGGGGUAUUGGGUUGCCAAGGUAACUGGGUUGAAGAGGUCAGAUAGGCAGUCGCUCCUUGUGGCACACUGGUACUCAGCUGCAUCCGGUUAGACUGGAAGCCGACCCCAGCAUAGUUGGGAAAAGGCAGAUGAUGAUAACCAAACUAUAACCAGCCGUAUACUUGCCGCCCAUUGGUCAAAUCAGCGAUUUGACAAAUGAAAAUGGUUCGGUUAUCGUUAUAGUUAAAUGGUGCAACUUGGUGUAAAAUUUCAUUGUUUUUGCACAAUUCAAUAUUAUUCAUAGAAAAAAAUAUUGGUUACAUUAUUUAUGAAUUAUAAUAGAAAGCCAAAAUCGAGAUAAAGGCUGUGUAAGAAAGAAAGACAGUGAAAGAGCUAAGAAAAGCCAAGAUUCCACCAAAAAUUGUUUGCGAUCAAAUAUGUACUAGAUGUCGCGAGUCCACAGCUAGCAUGUGUUCGCGCGGCGGUUGCAGUGUCGCGGACAUGUUAGUAAUGUUCGCGCGCAAUGUGUUACUGUUUGCUACAGCAAGUACACCACGAUAUACAUUUGUGUACAUCACAGAGGCAGAUUCUAAGCUGCUUUGUAAAAUACAAGAUUCUUUUCUACCAUAUUAUCCUUCAAAAAGAUUAAGUAUAUUAAUGGUCGAUCCCAAUAAUCUGUCUAUAAGUUAAUUUGCUUACUAGAGAUAGAAUUUUGGUAAAGAACCAACCUCUCGGGUAUGAGAGUGCGUGUUCAAUUCCAGUUCAGGCAAGUACCAAUGCAACUUUUCUAAGUUUGUAUGUACUUUCUAAGUAUAUCUUAGACACCAAUGGCUGAUAAGGUGAAGGAAAACAUCUUGAGGAAACCUGGACUAUAUAGUCUGAAAUCACCAACCCGCAUUGAGCAAGCGUGGUUUUUUUUGCUCAAUCCUUCUCCGUGUGAGAGGAGGCCGCAACCCAGCAGUGGGACGAUUAAAAGGCUGUAACAGUAAGUAAUUUCUAAUUCCUAUCUUUAGUAAGCAAAGCCAUAGAUAGAUAGAUAAUUGGAAGCGGAAUUUAAGCAAGCCGACGAUGCCAAGGGCAUGAUUUUGUGUUUAAUAUUAUAUAAUGUAAUAUGCCUUCUAUGAAGAAUUGUACAAUAAUAGUAUAUAAUUUUAAGUUUAAAAUGUAAAUAAAAUUAUUUUUUUCUAUGAU